CAUUUAACAUAAGUUUGCGUUAAGUUCGUAGUCUCCCCAGCCAGACCAAUCCAAGGAAGAUUUAAAGUUCGCGAGUUUUGAUCACGCCGUUCGACGUCGACGGGCCUGAACAACAUCCAACACGUCUCUGGCUUAUCCUGUGUUGAAGAUGGCAAUUUACACGUCCCUGGCAGUGCCCGCUGUCAUCCUAAAUCCUUCUGAGAGGUGUCUGCAAUGGUCGGAUGACGGUCAGGCCUGCAUUACCACCAAGGCAGCCGUGCAUAUGAUGACACCAGACCCAGGAAUCAACUUCAGCACACCACCCGAUGUCAAGGCACCUCGAGGAGAUGAGCAAGGGGAGCAGCCGCUUGGAUGGUACAGGACUAUCAUCGAGCCGGCUCGUGGACAGACGCAUACGUGGCCAAGCAUGUGUCAAGAUUGGGGCGCCAUUACUCUCGGAUCCCUCGAUGUUUCCAUUCGCGAGGUUGUAUGCUCUCCUAGUAAUCUCACAUCGCGGGGCAGAUGCGUGAUAGCGAUUCUUAACUCGAACGCAGAAGUAUCACUUUGGGUGGCUGUUAAAAAUCACUUGAAGGGAGAAUGGACCAAUAUUCAAGACGUUACAGGUCUGCUACUCAACACAGCCCCAUCUGAGGAUAUCAUUCACAACACCCUUCGAGCGCAAGUGACUAGUCUUGCGUGGUCAAAACAGCCGGACUAUGGGAUCACACCCACCCCAAUCCUCGAUUCGUCGAUGCUUGCCCUAGGAAACAGGGCAGGUUCCAUCAUGUUGUUUAGGUUUAACAAAAACAGCGACUCAGGAGGUUCCCUCUCGUGUAUCCAUACAGAACCGUUAAGCGACCACUGGAUCACGCAUUUGAGCUGGUCACCUUGGGUUACUCGCGCCGUCGGACACUGCGAAUCCAUACUUGCCUUCUCCACUGACAACGGCAACGUCGGACUGGUCAAAGUCACCCAAAAUUUGCAGUCUGAUUCGAACGCUGGUUUUGUGUCUGAGUACACGACCUGUGUUGUAUUCGACGUUCAGGGUCCAAUAUGUGAGGCUGAUAAACGAGGCGUGACAGCAUUAACGUGGGUUCAACCACCAAGAAGAAACCCUAUCCUCGUUUACACAAAACCUGGUCUUGUGAUCCUGUGGUCAUUGCCUGGUUCCGAACCAACAUGGUACGGCACCCGUAUACUCCCAUUCCAAACCCAAAAGGUGUCCGUCGGGUCCUCUGCCAUUAGCCCUGUCUCUGGAGUAUCCUACGCGCUUCACCGUGACGCACUCAUCAUCUCGCUCUUCGAUGGUUCGCUGCAUGCCAUCCAUAACAUGACCGUGGAACCCACCUGGACUCCUCCGCUCGCAGGCGACAUCCUCACCUCUGCAGAACUAUCUCGGGCGUCACGAGCGUUAUUUUCCAAGGUUACCCCUGCAGGAAUAUCAUACCUGGAUGUCAACAGGAUUGGUGGGAUGGCGUCGUACGACUCGCAGUCGACCCUCAUUUGGAUAUACGAAGCACUUCGACCUGCAGAUUUCAGCUACAAGCAUGAAGCUCAGCAUGAAUGUAUGCUGCUCACUGCACCAUUUUGGCAGCUCGAUGAUGAGACUGUCUUGUAUACUGCUUCAGAGGUGUUUACUAAUAUUUCUUGUGCCUCGGGAAAUGCCCCCAUUCACCAUUUGCGUGCGUUGAUGCUUCAUCUACGCAGUAAUACGCGAUUCGCGGCGCUAUGCCCUCAGGUGCUGGCGAUUUUAUCGCAAGUACCGUCAGACCAAACAACGACCAUGGUCUUGCCAUCAUGGACGCAAGGACUGAACGACGACUUGCGGCUCCAGCUUCGGAAAAGUCUGUCAACCCAUUUGUUCGGCUGGCCCAAUCUUCUAUCGCUUCGAAUGAGGCUCUCCAUAGCCGAUCUGUGUUGGAAACUAUGCAAGGACCCGGAAAUGCAGGCACAGUGCGGCCAAGUCGCACAGGGCCUCCUAGCCACCAUCUCACACUGCGUGCUGCGUAUCCUGGUUCGCCACUUGAGAGCCAUCAUCCCUGUCGUCACUGCGCCUGAUAUCCCAUUCGUCCUCCGCGAGGUGGUGCAGUCAUUACUGCCUGGCUCGCCGCAAGAUCUAGCGGACGAAGCUCAAGCCCUAUCAGACACUCUCACUGCAUCAUCUUUCGCCAUCGAUCCUACAGUUGCCGCGCUGCACGAACACUGUCCCGCUUGCCAUGCCGAAGUACCACUCCAUGACAUUACCCGUGCCACUUGUCCAAAUGGCCAUGCCUGGGCUCGCUGUACGAUCACAUCGUUCAUACUCUCGACGUCCAAUGUGCGCACAUGCAUCGGAUGCAGUCGGAAGGCCUUGCUUCCGUUUGCAACAUCGGACGAGAGCCAGUUGCCUGUCGCUGCACAGAGUUGGAUCGUGAGGGAUUUGCUCGAGGCUGUACAGCGGUGUUUGUUUUGCGGGAAUAGCUUUGUGGAGAUUGUAUAGGAAAUGAAGUGAAUAUCACGACAGAUAUGACCCCGCUCGGAAAUUGCUAGAAUGAGCAUCACCACAGUGAGUUUGGGAGUGUUCAGCCGAAGUUGAUCUCCAGGUAACCUUGCAGA